AUGGUUCCAAUCACGCAGACCGGUCACAGAUUGAGCAUUGGGCUCACCUACGUCAACGCAUGCGGUUCGAUCACGAAGUAUGAUUUAGGUGUCCCCAUGGGAAACUACACUGCCGGUCAAUGCGCGAGAAACUUCAAAUACAUAGUCAAUUCAUGCACGCUUCCAGGCGACUAUCUGAACAAAGCAGGCUUGGGAGAUUACAAGCAUAUCGGCGGCAGGCUUUGGCAUGACUGUAUGCAGUAUACCAUCCUGGCGACAGAUCCCGCACAUUCCGCCCCUGAGACAUAUGACAUCAAUGACGAGGCCAGGCGUGCGCUUGGCAAUAUGAACGCCCGAGAUGCUCUGCGACGUUUGGCGAGUACUCUCCUUGCAUGGUACUAA